UGACCAUCGAAUCUUAGCCAGCAACCACUAUGGGCCACCCCGAGGAAGUCGACGUUAUCGUCUGUGGUGGAGGUCCCGCGGGCUGCGUCGUCGCCGGGCGCCUGGCAUACGCCGACCCCAACCUCAAGGUUAUGCUUAUCGAGGGCGGCGCGAACAACCGCGAUGACCCGUGGGUAUACAGACCGGGCAUCUACGUCAAGAACAUGCAGCGCGACGGCGUCAACGACAAGGCCACCUUCUACACAGACACCAUGAAGUCAUCUCACCUUCGUGGGAGGCGUAGCAUCGUGCCAUGCGCGAACAUCCUCGGCGGCGGAAGCAGCAUCAACUUCCAGAUGUAUACGAGGGCGUCUGCGUCCGACUGGGACGACUUCAAGACGGAGGGUUGGUCGUACAAGGACCUUCAACCGCUAAUGAAGAGGCUCGAGAACUAUCAGAAGCCAUGCAACAACGACUCGCACGGCUAUGAUGGUCCUAUCGCUAUCAGUAACGGCGGGAGCAUCACUGCGUUGGCGCAGGACUUCCUCCGUGCGGCUGACGCAGUAGGCAUCCCUUUCAGUGACGACAUCCAAGACUGUCAGACCGCGCACGCCUCCGAGAUCUGGGCGAAGUAUAUCAACCGUCAUACGGGGAGACGCAGCGAUGCAGCUACCGCCUACGUUCACAGCGUCAUGGACGAGCAGAACAACCUAUUCCUCCGCACCAACGCCCGCGUCUCUCGCGUCCUCUUCGAAGGCAACAAGGCUGUCGGGGUCGCGUACGUCCCAGCCAGAAAUCGCGCGCACCAAGGCAAGGUUCAGGAGACGAUCGUCAAGGCCCGGCGCUACGUUGUCCUCAGCAGCGGCACGCUCGGCACCCCGCAGAUCCUGGAGCGCUCGGGCAUUGGGUCUGCCAGUCGGCUGAGGAGGCUCGACCUGAAGGUCGUCUCUGACCUUCCCGGCGUGGGAGAGCAAUAUCAGGACCAUUAUACGACGCUUACUCUGUAUCGUGUGUCGAAUGAGAGCUUCACGCUGGACGACUUCCUGCGCGGAGACAAGGAGGUGCAGAAGGAGCUCUUCGCCGAAUGGGAGACAAGUCCCGAGAAAGCGCGCCUCUCCUCGAAUGCAAUUGACGCCGGGUUCAAGAUCCGGCCGACCGAAGAGGAGCUCAAGACGAUGGGCCCCGAGUUCAACGAGCUUUGGGACAAGUACUUCAAGGACAAGCCUGAUAAGCCGGUCAUGUUCGGCUCCAUCGUCUCCGGUGCCUACGCCGACCACAGCUUGCUGCCUCCCGGCAAGUACAUCACUAUGUUCCAGUACCUGGAAUAUCCCGCUAGUCGCGGUAGGAUCCACAUCAACUCGCAGAACCCAUACAAGGAGCCCGACUUCGACUCGGGCUUCAUGAACAACAAGGCCGACUUUGCCCCCAUCCGGUGGAGCUACAAGAAGACGCGCGAGAUCGCUAGGCGCAUGGAUGCCUUCCGCGGCGAGCUCACCUCCCACCACCCGCACUUCCACCCCGACUCGCCUGCCGCGUGCAAGGACAUCGACAUCGGGACCGCGAAGCAGCUCCUGCCCAACGGCUUCACCGUCGGCAUCCACAUGGGCACCUGGCACAAGCCCGGCGACGCGUACGAUGCGUCGAAGGUGCAUGAGGAUAUCGAGUACAGCGAGGACGACGACAAGGCAAUCGACGACUGGGUCGCAGACCACGUCGAGACGACGUGGCAUAGUCUGGGGACUUGUGCGAUGAAGCCUCGCGAAGAGGGUGGUGUUGUGGAUGGGCGCCUCAAUGUCUACGGCACGCAAGGUCUCAAAUGCGUCGACCUCAGUAUCUGUCCUGACAACCUCGGCACCAACACCUACUCGUCCGCGCUUCUUGUCGGGGAGAAAGGCGCGGAUCUCUUGGCUGAGGAACUGGGCCUCAAGAUUAAACUCCCUCACGCCCUUGUCCCGCAUGCUCCCAUCCCCGCUGGUCGGCCUUGUACGCAGGGUGUACGUUGAGCGUCAGAAAGAGAUUAGUAGGCUGUGAAGCGGAUGUCCAAGAACGGGAUUGUUCACGCCACAAAGGAAUUGGUCAUGGGGGAAACGCAAAUGCAUCAGUAGUGUAUAAUAGCUGUACUAUAGUUCACCCUGCGUUAACGGAAUAUCAGUCGUUUGCACGCGUUCGCCAGUCGUGCGACAGUUGAAGGCAGGAGCAAUGGAUCCUGAGCAGGGGCGUCGGGUACGCUUGAGGGGGAUUCUAUGUCCAUAGAUGAUAGGUCUUGCUUUGUUGAACGACUCUGGCCAUCAGUACAGGAUCUAUUUGCUGAGCUGCAUCCCUCGAACAAUUUCAGAGCCGACAUUCAUUCCAUUAAGGUAUUACCCGACCGUAAUCGUAGACAGUGUAACGAGAG